AUGUCCUUAUUCGCAUCCCACUGCCCUUUAAACUCGGUGAAGAAAACCAUUCCGGGGAGUGUAGAUGAAAAGCUGCGGUCCGAGGUUGCCACUUAUAUCUGGAUCCACCAAAUUGCCCAACGGUUCCGACCCAUUGCCUUUAUGGGUUCGGUUUCCCGAUGGACAAACUCACAGACGCUACGGUCGUUGCUUGGCUAUCCGACAUCGUGUCCUUAUAUCAGUCUGAAACGUCCGACCCCAUUGUCAACUGGAUACGUUAUCAUCAGCAUCUUUAACAAGUCGACCGGUUACGCUGCGUUUGCAAACCUUGAAAAUGAAGGGAUUCCUACUAUCCCCAGGAACUCAGUCUACCAAGCCGUGGAGUCAUACCUUCUGGAUCUCCUACAAUGCAACGACAAUCGCAUCUACCAUCAGCCAAAUGCCAUCCAUGACACAGAAGAUGGUCAAGAACAAUUGGCUGCAUUGACGAUGAUGCGUGCACUUUUCCCUCGGUUCAUCUCUCGCGAGUACCGCCACGGUCCGUUCGGACUCACACUGACGGACUUUCAACCGGGCAAUAUUUUCGCCGACGAAGAAUGGUACAUUACGGAUAUUAUCGAUUUCGAAUUGGCGACUGUUCUUCCAGUUGGGCUACAAACUCCUGUUUAUUGGCUAACUGGCCGGGCCAUUGAUGCUAUUGAACAUGGAGAGCACCUGGAUGUUUUUGAGACGCGUAUCCAUGAAUACGGAGAUGCUUUCGAGGACCAAGAAAAAAAGGAUGCAUGCUCAAACUUCCCUCACGCUCAAAUCAUGAGGCGUUGCUGGAAUAGCGGAAGCUUCUGGUACUUCCAGGCAGUGAAUUGUCUGAAAGCCCUUCUCCAUGUAUUCAGGGAGCAUGUCAAACUCAAAUAA